GGAGGCAAGUCACGUGUAAUUGGAGUUGAAUCUCGUUUCUUUCGUUCUUGGCUGUAGUGGGAGAAAGUACAGUAGCUAGUCUGUGCAUUUGCAUUGUCGUUAGGUGUUUGCUUCAUGUUGGUGUGAGCUAGCUAGCUACCCUUUCAUUUAAAAUCCACCAUUUCACCAAAUAAUGAGUGAUAACGAUGAUAUCGAAGUCGAUAGUGACGAAGACUCACCGAGAUAUCACAAUGUGGCAGACAAACGAGCACACCACAAUGCGCUGGAGCGCAAGCGUAGGGACCACAUCAAGGACAGCUUCCACAGCCUGCGGGACUCUGUGCCAGCGCUGCAAGGGGAAAAGGUUGGUAGAGAGGCGUCCCGAGCUCAGAUCCUAGACAAAGCCACAGAGUACAUCCAGUACAUGAGGCGGAAAAACCACACACACCAACAGGACAUCGACGACCUGAAAAGACAGAACGCUCUGCUGGAGCAACAAGUGCGUGCCCUGGAGAAGGUGAAAGGGUCGACUCAGCUACAGGCCAGCUACAGUUCCUCGGACAGCAGCCUGUACACCAACCCCAAAGGCAGCGCUGUGUCUGCCUUCGACGGGGGCUCCGACUCCAGUUCAGAGUCCGAGCCGGAGGAACAGCCUGCCCCAAGGAAGAAGCUCCGUGCGGAGGCCAGUUAGAUCAGCGUAGCCCACAGCGCCACUCCUGGAGUGGAAGGGUACUGCUGCCAGGGAGGUACCACUCCUGUUAAUUCCCACUGACUUUCCAUCCCUCCUUCCUUUCUCUGGACUCCAUCCUGAUCUGUCCAUCCUGACGUUGUUACAUCACACCACCCCCCCCCCCUUUCCGAUUUAUUUUGAUAAGAACCUGUUUUAGAAUUGACACGCACACAACUAGAUCAGUCGUCCUUUCUGUCAGAGAAGUGUACCUUUUUAAAACAUUUGUACCUUUUUUCCACACAAAAAAAGAAUGUGAAGAUACUUAAAAGCUAAAUAUUGAUGUAAAAGUUAGAUGAAAACUUGAAAUCUUUUCCAUUUUGACACAGGAAAAGAUAUUAUCCCCUUUGUUGAAAAUGUAUUGAAGG